AUGCUUAAGGCUACUAUCCUCGCCCUUGCGGCGAUUGCCGAGGCUCUGCCCCAGGCGGAAAAGCGUCAAGGCAGCACGACCAUGCUGCGAUUUGGAUGCCCCCAGGUUGUUAUCGACAGACUUGACCCCCUCGUCAACCCUGGCUCUAUCCCUUCCCCACAUGUCCACCAGAUUGUGGGAGGAAACUCAUUUAAUGCUACGAUGACGACGGGCGAUGUCUCAACUGGUGCUUCGUGUACUACCUGCGCAUUCGCCGACGAUCUCUCCAACUACUGGACGGCAAACGUGUACUUCAAGGCCCGCAACGGUACCUACAAGCGUGUUCCUCAGGGCGGCGCUGCACUACAAUUCAACGACAAGUUCAGCAACACAAUGAAGGACGGUAUCCUUGUGUACUACGUCUCUGCUCAACCCGGCAAGAUCACUGCCUUCAAGCCAGGUUUCCGCAUGCUCAGUGGCGAUGCCACACUGCGCACAUCUAAGGGUGCUUCAAUGAAGAGGCAGAACUGCUUCCGUUGCUAUACGGGUCCAAACUUUGGAGGUGAUGUCGCCGCCCCUUGCCAGGACGCCAAGCUCGAUACUGAAACCUUCCCGACCGGGCCUUGCAAAGGUGGUAUCCGCUCCAAUAUCCUUUUCCCGACUUGCUGGGAUGGCAAGAAUCUCGACAGCCCGAAUCACAAGGACCACGUUGCCUAUCCCACUUCGGGUCCCGCCACUUUCCUAAGCCUAGGAGGCAACUGCCCAUCAACCCACCCAGUCAGGAUCCCACAGCUCAUGCUUGAGGUUGUCUGGGAUACUACAGCCUUCAACAACAAGGCAGACUGGCCCGCGGAUGGCAGCAACCCAUUCUACCUGAGUACUGGAGACAACACCGGAUACGGCCAGCAUGCUGAUUACGUUUUCGGAUGGAAGGCCGACUCUCUCCAGAAGGCUAUGGAUACCUCUGGCUGUAUGGGUGCCUCUUGUGCCAGCCUCAAGACUCAAGCUGUCGACAGUGCGAAGAAGUGUGCUGUGAAGCCCGUUGUCAAGGAGGACCAUGAUGGCUGGAUUUCUCAGCUCCCAGGAUUAGAUAUGGGGCCAAUGUAA